GUCCAUCCCCGUCCCACCGCCAGCACCACGGCCGUCCCCUUUGUCCCCUGCCAGUGCCAGCAGUGGAGGCUGCACGCUCCAUCACUGCCCUGGCAUCCCGAGCGUGAGACCGGGCUGUGGGCGCUGCUGAUCCCUGCGGGACGGCGGCCAUGGCGCCUGCUCUCUCCACCGGAGCCAUCGUGGCAAUUUCUUUUAACUGUGUCAUUGCGCUGCUCAUCCUCAUCCUCUUCCUCAUCCUCUGCAAAGCCUGCAGGACCCCCUCAUGUCCCAAGAAGACCCCGGCUUCUGAUGUGGAUGAGUCAAGGAAUGAAGAGAAGUACCUGCUGCAGCCCUGAUCUGCCUGGGGUAUCCGGCUGUGCAGAAGGAGCUGUGCCACACUGGAUGCCUGUGCUGGGACUUGAGUGCUGGACCAGGCACGAUGAAAGCUGAGGGGACACCCAGCUGCUUGCAGGGGCUGUGACAAAGCCACAGUCCUUUGCCUUUG